AUGUCCCGUCAACCCGUAAACCUCGUCUCAGACACGGACUCUGAAUCCGAGUCCGAUGGCGGCAUGCAACUCGACGACCUAGACCGCGCCGACGGUAUACCAAUGUACGACAGCAGCGAAGGUGCCGAAUUUAACGUAGAUGGUAUACCAAUGUCGCGUUCUGGUUCAGAUGAUGAUGUUUUGGGUGUGAAUGGAUCAGACAACAGAAGAUUCACCAGCCGCGCCCAAAACCCCCUCACAGCAUCAUAUAACCGCGCCGGCGAAGAUGAUUCAGAACCCCAAACCGCCUUUGAAAGAGAUGCCCGCACGUGCUCGCAUCUCCGCGACGAAAAACAUGCCGCACUGGCCGUCCUCAUGGACAGUGAGUUAUUAGUUACAUAUGCGCUUGCCUCGCGAGAAGUACGUUACUAUCCUGACCUGACGUCCUGUGAUUCCCUUGAGUCAAGCACCAGUUCCUGUCCCAUAUCCAAUACAAUCCCCCAGACCCGCCGACGCUUCCUGGCAAAAUAUCUUGCACCCAACGACCCAGUAAAAGCAGAGGAACUGUACGACCCGCGGUUCUAUAUCGCGCCUGAUGGGAAGGGCGGGGAAGGUUCGCUUAUUCGUGGUCGGUACCGGGAGGUUAUUGGGGAUAUUAAUGAUCACAACUGGCAUAAGCCGGCGCAUUUGAAGGCGAUGGACGCUAAGAAGGCGAAGGGUGGUGGUUCGCGCUCUGUUUCGGCCUCUAGGUCUGUUUCCGGUGCGAAUUCGCCGAGGCGGGUUUCUGAAGGCGUUGGGUUGGGUCGGGGAGGAGGGGGGGCUUCGUUGGCUGGGAGGGGUUUGCAUCGGGUUCAGGCUGCCGUGAUGGAUGAGGAUGAGGAUGAGGAACUAUGA